AUGUCCGACCUCAUUGCUGAUUAUAUUGUUGUUGGAGCCGGUGUGACCGGGUGCGUUGUAGCUUCACGGCUCGCACAGAGCCCUGUCAAGCCAAAAGUCAUUCUGAUAGAGGCCGGGUCGGAUCCAUCAAGCGAACCCGCUGCCGCCGGCUUCCUAAGCGGCCUUUCCCUCGCAGGUGGGAAAUUCGACUAUGCCGAUGCCAGCGAACCUGUUCCGGCCACAGCCAACCGUAUCCAUACCCUGAGCUCCGGCAGGGCUCUAGGUGGAGGCAGCAUCCUGAACUACGGCGGCUGGCUGCGGGCAGAUGCUGCCGACUAUGACGAAUGGGCAAAACUCGUUGGAGAUAAGCGAUGGGGCUACGAGGGAUUCAAGCCAUGGUUCCAUAAGGUAGAAUGCCUUCAAGAUGCCCAUAAUGAUUCUCGCAGUGGUGAGCUUGGGGUCUCAGGACCUAUGCAUAUCACUUCUAUCUCAGCUGCCGCAUCCGGAGAGCGCAAAUAUCCACUCCGUGAAGAGGUCAGAGAGGCCUGGCUCGAACUCGGAGUAUCGCCAGCUAAAGGCAAUGGUUCAAUUGGAGGUUUGACUGAAUUUUACGAAAACUCUCGAGAAGGCAUGCGACAGCCAUCUCAAAUGGCCUACUCAUUGGCGCAGGUCCAAGUCAUCACGGAUUGCCUGGUGGACAAGGUCACAUUUGCUGACCAGGAUGGUACUGGAAACACUGCUACUGGAAUCCAGUUGGCUGACGGUCGCAAGAUAUCUGCCCGGAAGGAAGUCAUUCUCUGUGCUGGAGCCUAUCGCACCCCUACAAUUCUAAUACGUUCUGGUGUCGGCCCGUUGGACACUCUUAAACAACAUGGAAUACCUGUCAUAUAUGAGUCUCCCCAUGUUGGCCAGAAUCUUCACGAUCAUUUUGCAACCUACUUAGCAUUCCGUCUAAAGGACCCUUCCGCUGGCUACGCCCUUGGGAGUCCGUCGUGGCAGCACAAUCCCGCUCUAUUUCAAGGUCUACCUUGGGAUUGGGUUGUCAGCCAGCCUCUUCCAGCCGAAGUCCUUGCCAGAUAUACAAGUGAGGAGGCAACGAAGGCACGCAACCUGUAUGAGGUAAUCACUCUCUACGUCCCUCCAGGCAUACCAGGCAUUCCAGUCGAUGGCACUCACCUAGCGACUUCCACAAUGUUGCUGCUUCCAAACUCGCGCGGCCAUGUCUCGAUUCGGUCCACUGAUGCGACUGAUUCCCCAGUCAUCCAGCCAAACUUCUUUUCUACACCUCUAGACCAUGAUACACUGGUCCAUGCCGUUCGCCAGACUCUAAAGGUCAUGCUCACAACUCGGAUGAGCUCCAUAGUCGACAGCGAAACCCCGCCAUCAGCGCCAGGUCUCGAAGGUUUGGAAUCACUGACAGCUGAUGCCAGCGACGAAGUUAUUGAAGAUCGGAUCCGACGCACUGGAAUGCAACACUUUCAUUCUGGCGGAACUGCUGCUAUGGGGAAGGUGGUAGAUGUGAGCGGGAGAGUACUUGGUGUGAAAGGCUUGAGGGUUGCCGAUGCAAGUGUCGUGCCUAUCCCUCUAGGUGGCCACCCACAGGCUACACUGUAUGCCAUGGCAGAACAUCUGGCUAGCGAUAUAUCUCAAGAGAUGUAG